AUGAAGUCCGUCAUCAGCCUCGCCGCCGCCUUCGCCCUCCUCGCUUCCGAGGCGUCAGCUCACUACAUCUUCCAGCAGGUGUCCAUUGCCGGCACCAAGCAUGGCGUCUUUGAGGGCGUCCGCCAGAACUCCAACUACAACUCGCCCGUAACCGACCUUGCUUCCAAGGACUUGGUGUGCAACGCAGGCGGUAUCAGCGGCGCUAGCACCCUUGUUCUCGACGCCAAGGUUGGCGAUGAGAUCGUUUUCAGCACCGAUACUGCUGUCUAUCACCAAGGCCCCAUCUCCAUCUAUGUCUCUAGGGCGCCGGGCUCUGUACAAGACUACGACGGAUCAGGAGGCUGGCGCAAGCUCUUCGACUGGGGCCCGACCCUCGGUGGCAACGGCCAGUCCUCGUGGCCCAUGUCCGACAACUACAAGUUCACUCUCCCUAGCUGCCUCCCCGACGGCGAGUAUCUCCUCCGAAUUCAAUCCUCGGAAUUCACAACCCUUGGCCCGCGGUUCUACGUUAGCUGCGCGCAGCUCAACAUUACCGGAGGUGCCGGCUCUGCGGACGCCUGGGAGCAGCCCGUUGAGAUUCCUGGUGUCUUCAAGCAGACCGACCCGGGCUACACCGCUAAUAUCUAUGACCCCAAUAUGAGCACAUAUACUGUCCCCGGUGGAGAAGUGAUGGGAUGCUAG